CCCCUCACAUACCUGCCACAGGUAAAACAACAGACCACAUCUCGCAAGCACGCUCAAAGCCACUUCUAAUCCGCACCAUGUCAUUCAUGAGCCCUUCCAGGAGUUUCUCCAGCUCAAGUCUGUCUGGUAGCUUGGGGUCAAGGGGUGGUUUGUUCGGGUCCAUUUCCCCAGCCACUUUAGGGAAUCUGGCAAACACACUGCGUCCGAUUGUGCAGAUCAAUAGCAGCACUUUUCCCCCAGCUGAUGAUAAAGAGACCAUGAAGGGUCUGAAUGACCGUCUGGCGGGGUAUCUGUCAAAAGUGCGACUCCUGGAGGACUCCAACAUUGAACUGGAGAAGCAAAUCAAAGAGGCUCUGAUGAGGAAAGGAGCUGAGAGUGACAGAGACUGGAGCUCCUAUGAGAAAACCGUUAAUGAUCUGAGAAACCAGCUCCAGGAAAUGACUAUGGACAAUGCCAGACUGUUCUUACAGAUAGACAAUGCGAGGCUGGCUGCUGAUGAUUUCAAAGUCAAGUUUGAGUCGGAGCAGGCCAUGCGGCAAGGAGUGGAGCAGGAUCUGGCAGGACUCCGUAAGAUGCUGGAUGACACUUACAUGGGCCGCAUGCAGCUGGAGGGCCAGAUCGAGUCUAUGAGAGAAGAGCUGGUGUUCCUGAAGAAGAGCCAAGAGGAGGAUGUUGCCAACCUGAAGAGUCAGAUCAGUGAUUCUCAAGUCAAUGUGCAAAUGGAGUCUAAAAACAAUGCAGACCUCAAUGAGACCAUUAAUAACAUCCGCGCGCAGUACGAGCGAGCCGCGCAGAAGAGCCGCGAGGAAACUGAAGAGUGGUAUAAAAACAAAUUUGACAACAUCACAGCUGAGGUGACUCAGAACACAGAAGCUCUGCAGGCAGGAAAGACAGAGCUGAACGAGCUGUGCAGGACGAAACAAACUCUAGAAAUUGACCUGCAGGCUCUGCACAAUAUGAUUCGAUCACUCGAAGAUUCGCUGCGUGAAACAGAGGCACGUUACGCUCAUGAAGUCAAUGGGUACAACUCUGGAUUGGUGCAGCUGGAGGGAGAGCUGGGACAGGUGCGAGCGCAGGUGGAGCGUCAGGCGGCCGAGUAUGAUGCCCUGCUCAACAUCAAGUCCAAACUGGAGGCAGAGAUUUCCACCUAUCAUCGCCUCCUGGAGGGUGUUGUUGACGACGAGGGGGACAAAAAUAGAGAGGAAUUUUCUUUAGAGCAGGCGUUGUAUGCAGCUCCUCCGCCUUCCGUCGAACUUAAGAAAGUCAUCGUCAUCACGCAAGAAAUAGUGGACAGACAAGUGGUCUCUCAGAGUGAACUUGAGCAAAAUCCUACUAAUCACAACAACCACGUUUUUGGGGAGGAAGAGGAGUUGGCAGAACCACUGGGGUUAGCUUUGGAGUUAGCAAUGGAAAAGGUGAAAGACGAGCAAGAGAGGUUUGGAGAACAACUGGAGUUAGAGAUGGAAAAGGUGAAAGAUGAGCAAGAGGAGUUGGCAGAACAACUGGAGUUAACGAUGGAAAAGGUGAAAGAUGAGCAAGAGAAGUUUGGAGAACAACUGGAGUUAACGAUGAAAAAGACAAAAGAUGAGCAAGAGGAGUUGGCAGAACAACUGGAGGUAACGAUGGAAAAGGCAAAAGAUGAGCAAGAGGAGUGGGGAGAACAACUGGAGUUAAUGAUGGAAAAUGUGAAAGACGAGCAAGAGAAGUUUGGAGAACAACUGGAGUUAGCAAUGGAAAGUGUGAAAGAUGAGCAAGAGAAGUUUGGAGAACAACUGGGGUUAGAGAUGGAAAAGUGGAAAGACGAACAAGAGGAGUUGGCAGAACAACUGGGGUUAGAGUUGGAGUUAGCAAUGGAAAAGGUGAAAGACGAGCAAGAGGAGUUUGGAGAACAACUGGAGUUAGAGAUGGAAAAGUGGAAAGACGAGCAAGAGGAGUUGGCAGAACAACUGGGGUUAGAAAUAGAAAAGUUUAUGGAAGAGAGAGAGGAGUUAGAAGAACUGGAGUUUAUGAAGACAGGGGUGCCCCCAAGGAGUGCCCAUAAAAUCUGGCCACCCCAGUGGCCACCCCUACAAUAAUUUUGCCAUGGGUAUUAUUAAUUUAAAUGCAUAAUGUCAAUUCAUAAUAGUUCACAAAAUGAAAGAAAACUAAAUGUAGAUCCCGCUGCAGCCACGGAAAAAAAAGAUUGUAGAUUGGCGCCACCAGAGUAGCUGUGUCACUCCAAAGCUCAUGAAAAUACCAUACCAGUUAUAUACUAUGGUAAUCGUGUGUUUAUUAGCUUCAUGUUCUU